CUCCGAGUCAACAUGAAACAGAUUCAUUUUGCUAUCUCUUCCAUCUUAAAGAUGCUUACAUGAUAAAGCUGCCUUCCUUCCUUCAGAUCAUGUUGUCAUCACUUUUGCGGUCUUUGCCCAAGCUCGGACGGAAGUGGAAGCCCCUUAAUUUCUCCAACCCGAACUUUGUUCGGAUACCUGAGCAGCACAAAAUUGAAGAAGAGACCCUCCCAGACUAUAUUGCUUCCCGGUAUUAUCCUACUCGAAUAGGAGAAGUCAUCAAGGAACGAUAUCAAGUCGUAGGCAAAUUAGGAUUUGGAUCUACCUCAACUGCGUGGCUUGCACGGGACAUGAAGUGGGAUCUCUAUUGAGAUAUAACUACUCGGAUCCAGUCUGCUUAUGCACUACAAUUACAGUGGCUGUCGUUAUGUCAUGCUCAAAAUCUUCGUCCAGGCUUCGUCUAUGGGCCAGCAAGUAGAUGACGAGCUCAAGAUGUAUAGACGCAUGGAGCAAUCCCCAAAAGGCCAUCCCGGUCGUAACGCUGUCAGAACGUUACUUGAUACUUUUUACAUCGAUGGGCCUGAAGACAAGCAUCGAUGCCUCGUGCAUCGCCCAUUAUGGGAGAGUGUUUUGACUUUCUUACGCCGCAACCCGGUAGAGAGGCUGCCUUCAGCGGUCGUAGCGUUCGUUCUUCGGCGCCUUUUUUUGGCGUUGGAUUAUCUACAUACGGAGUGUCAGAUCAUACAUACUGAUAUAAAGGCCGAUAAUAUUAUGCUCGGGAUCAACGAUGAUUCGGUCUUUAGCGACUUCGAGGAGAAGGAGCUUCAACGCCCUGUGCCGAGGAAGGAGGUGGACAUGGACGGGAGAACAAUCUACAUGUCCCGGGAUCUUAGAAUGCCUAAUGAUUUGGGUGCCCCAGUGCUAUGCGAUUUUGGUUCGGCCAUGCUCGGCAACCAAUACCACACGGAAUUCAUUCAACCUAAUAUCUAUCGAGCGCCGGAAGUGAUUCUAGGAGUUCCAUGGACGUAUAGCGUCGAUAUAUGGAACGUGGGAUGCAUGAUUUGGGACAUUUACGAAGGUGGUUCCUUGUUCACCGGCCAAGACCCCGAAUUUCAGAAGUAUCGAAGUCGAGCCCACCUCGCUGACAUGAUAAAUCUUCUUGGUCCCCCGCCGCCUAGUCUUCUUGCCCAAGGGGAGCUAAGAGACAAAUUCUUCCCUGGUGAAGGUGAUUUCCGCACUAAGAAUUUAUUAAAGGAUCAGGUCCCGCUUGAGGAGCUGGAGACUACUCUCGAGGGAGAAGAGGAGAGAGAGGCUUUUUUACGCCUAAUGCGAAAAAUGCUGCAGUGGGAGCCCGGCAAGCGUAGCUCCGCUAAGGAGCUAGGGGAGGACGAAUGGAUACAUAAGCAUUUGUAAUUAAGUAUGCAUCAAGAAAUGAAAUUCUACAGAGCCUUUGCCUGAGGACCGUGGCACCGGUGGCACCAGUGGCAGCGCGGCGAGCGGUAGUCGACACCGUCUCAGGCCUCGACUUAUUUAUCUACCCAUUCCUUGCGGGCGACUUGCUUCGUCUGAGCC